CAACAACCAUGUAGCCACCGAUCCUAAUGAGUCAUGCAUAAUAGCAGACACAGGCAACAGUGCCCCGUGAGCACAUGCAGGAUCAGCAGUACGACCUCCGACUCCGAGCUACUGCUCACCCUCUCGGGCUCUCGGCCCGCCCGUAUGCCAGUCUGUCUCUGGUACACUCCUUCAUUUCAUCGCCUAGCUAGCUACUAUAUAGUACGACCUGCCUGCCUUGCUCUUGCCCUGUGAGCAGCGGCGUGCGAUCGAUCGAGGCAGUCGUAGUAAUAAGCCAACAAACAAACCGGCCGGAACGCCAUGCUGGAGGAGUACAAACCGUGUGCGGCCAUGGUGGUGACGCAGUGCAUCUACGCCGCUCUAGCGCUCUUGUCCAAGGCGGCGUUCACCGGCGGCAUGAGCCCCCUGGUGUUCGUCGUCUACAGGCAGGCCGUCGCCACCAUUGUACUCGUCCCCGUCGUCAUCGCGGCCAACAGGUGCGCGCGCGCGUCGAAGAAGAUGAAGGAGAUGACGACGGGCCUUGGACUGACGGGCUUCUCGCUGGUCUUCGUCGCCUCCCUUGUCGGGGCAACGGUGAACCAGUGCAUGUACUACCAAGGGGUGAAUCUGGGCUCGUCGUCGAUGGCAACGGCCAUGACCAACUUGAUCCCCGCCAUCACCUUCGUCAUGGCGGCAUCAGUCGGCCUAGAGAGGGUGGAGGCCAGGAGGCCGAGGAGCCUGGCCAAGAUCUUCGGCACGGCCGUCUGCGUGAGCGGCGCCAUGGCCAUGGCUUUCUUCAAGGGCCCGAAGCUGCUCGGCGACGGCCCGAACGCUCUCCAGCUCCUCCUCCACGCGGGCGGCGGCGGCAGGUGGGUGGCCGGCGCGCUCUUCCUCGUGGGCAGCAGCUCCUGCUGGUCGCUCUGGCUCAUCCUGCAGGUGCCCAUCUGCAAGUCGUACGUGGAGCCGCUGGCUCUGUCGGCGUGGAUGUGCGUCCUGUCCACGCUCCAGUCCGCGCUGCUCGUCUCCUUCCUCCUGCCGGACCCCAGCGCCUGGAGGAUCCACUCGCUCUUCGAGCUCUCCUGCUGCGUCUUCUCGGGCGUGUUCGGGUCCGGCGUCACGUUCUACCUGCAGUCGUGGUGCAUCUCCGUGAGGGGCCCGCUCUACUCCGCCAUGUUCAACCCGCUCUGCACCGUGAUCACCACCGUGUUCGCCGCCGCCGUCCUCCGCGAAGAGCUGCACGUCGGCAGCUUGCUGGGCGCGAUCGCCGUCAUCGCGGGGCUGUACGUGGUGCUGUGGGGCAAAGCGGGCGACGCCAACAAGGGCGGGGUGGAGCCAGAGCACCACUCGGACGAUCUGGAGAAGACGUCAUCAGCGCGGUCGGAUCCCAAUUCGACGGCCGGCGUCGGCAGUGGCAUCGCCGAGCCCCUCCUGGCGGGCGGCGAUCCAACGGAGAAGUAGAUGGGAUUUUGCUGCUCUUCAAGUGUUCUGUGCGUGCGCGCGCGGUGUUUUCAGGGUCGGUAUGCUAGUGCUACUGUAACAGUGCCGUCCCAGUUUUGUCAUGUACACUAGUGGCAGCUUCAAAUGACUCCGUGCUGCCGAUGUGUAUUAUCCGCACAAUUUUGUUAAGCAACGCGGCGUCCCCGUCCAAAGUCGUCGUCGCCAA